CGUGGAGAUCAGGGAAGCGUUGGACUGCCGAAGACCCUGGCUGGAGUGGCCGGCGGUAAAUGAAAGUGAGGCGCGGCUGAACGCCAUAGCGACCCCGCUCAACGGGUCUCCCCACUGCUACAGGUGUUCGGUGUUUCCGGAGUAAACAUGCACCCCGAGGCCUUGGAGCCUGCGGCUGACGGAGGAGAAGAGCAGGACUGCGCUCAGGAGCCGGGCGUGGAGCAGGGCGUGGAGGAGUCUGAGGGUGACCGCGGGGACGCAGGCCAAGGGGACCGCAAGGAAGAAAUUAAUAAUCCUAAGGAAAAAUGUGCGCAUCCUUCUGACACAUCCUACCAAAGCGAGCAGAAACAGAGUGGUGAUAGCAGGUCAGAUGGUUGUUUAGAACACCACAGAGAUGACAAGGAAAAUCAUAGCCCCAGAAUGACUAAAAGAUUCCUGCAAAAACUCUGCAAGCAACACAAGCUUUAUAUUACCCCAGCAUUGAAUGAUACGCUGUAUUUACAUUUUAAAGGUUUCGAUCGCAUCGAGAACUUAGAAGAGUACACGGGGCUGCGUUGUCUCUGGCUGGAGUGCAAUGGAAUACAGAAAAUCGAGAACCUGGAGGCCCAAACCGAAUUGCGUUGCCUCUUCUUGCAAGUGAACUUGCUUCAUAAAAUUGAGAACCUAGAAACUCUGCAGAAAUUGGAUGCUCUUAACCUCAGCAACAAUUACAUCAAGACCAUUGAAAACCUCUCCUGUCUGCCAGUCCUGAACACGCUCCAGAUAGCCCACAAUCACUUAGAGACCGUGGAAGACAUUCAGCAUCUAAAGGAGUGUUUAAAACUUUGCGUCCUUGACCUUUCCCACAAUAAGCUGAGUGAUCCAGAGAUCCUGAGCAUUCUGGAGAGCAUGCCCGAUUUGCGUGUCCUGAAUUUGAUAGGAAACCCAGUUAUUAAGCAUAUCCCUAACUAUCGAAGGACAGUCACUGUUCGACUAAAACACUUAACAUUCCUGGACGACAGACCAGUUUUUCCAAAGGACAGAGCUUGUGCAGAGGCCUGGGCUCAGGGAGGGUAUGCAGCUGAGAAAGAGGAGAGACAGCGAUGGGAGAGCAGAGAACAGAAGAAGAUCACAGACAGCAUCGAGGCCCUGGCAAUGAUCAGGCAGCAGGCUGCAGAGAGAAAGCGGCAGAAAGAAAGCCGAGAGAAAGGGGAGGUGCCAGUGCCAGACAAGCAAGAGAACGAUGGGGACAUUGGUGUGGAAGGGAAGGAAGAGCCUCUUGAGGAUGGAGAAAGGCGGCAGAAAAUGCAGCUGUUUGUCAAGGAAAGCUUCCAGGCCAAGGAGGAGCUCUUCCCAGAAGAGUCAGGUCUCUUAGAAGAUCUGCCUGUGGAAGUCAAUGCAGAGAUUGAAGACCAGGAGCCAGGAGGGGCGCCCCCAGCUGAGGCCCCCAAGGCGGCAGCCCCGGGAGCUGCUUGGGAAGAACUGACGCCCCGGAUUGUGGCCACUGAGGGUGUAUCAGGUACAGGACUUGAGGGAAAUGAAGAUUUGGAAACCAUUACGCUGGAGACAGAGGAGAAGUUCUUCAUUGCUGACCUACCUGACUUGGAAGAUGUUGAUACAGGCGAAUCUUUGGAAGACCAGGACAAGGUUAUAACCCAGACAAUGUGCUUUCCAAAGAUUACAACUAUCUCGAGCUUAAGUGAUGACAGUGACCCUGAACUGGACUACAUCUCACUUCCAGUGCUGGAAAACACAUCCACAGACGCCCUCUCAAAUAUAUUUGCAAUCUCUAAGGACACCUCCAGGAAGGCUGAGACGCCUUUUACACACAUAUUUAAAGAAGCAGCAAAGAGGAACUUGGAAACCCGAAGUAGUGCCACCAAGUCCCCACGCCCUCUGAUUCAGGAGCUCAAUGACGACGAGACUCCAGGCUCUCCACCGACACCCCCAACCUGCAAAAGGGAUACCAUACCACCCCCUUCCAGUGAGGAUGGGGACAGUGAUCUACUUCCAGCUUCUUCUCCAGGGAACAGCACUGAAAAGGAUGGAGUGAGGUCUGAGAAAGAGCCCUCAGAGACCAAGGCAGGAGACCGGGAGGACAUUGAAUUUGGCUUGGACUGAACCAAGGUGGCCCCUCUGCCCUUGGACUAGUAGGAAGCUGGUGCUCAGUACAGGUCACCCCCUGGGCUGGGCUCCCCUUCCUUCCUGCAGUUCCCGAGAGUGCUCUGGGGCCUUAGCUGCGACGCGUGCCCAUCACCUGAUUUAUCUCCCCUGCGCUGUCAGCUUCUGCAAGUGCAGGGCGGCACUGUGUUCCUUAUUCUAAGGCGUAACACAUUCCCCCGAUUACUUGUGGGGCAAAUUGUGUAACCAUAAUGCCUCAUUUGAACAUUAUAAACAUUUUAGUAUCCAUGUGA